AGCAACCUAUCUGAUAACCCAAACAAACAAGAUGGCAGCUACGUUCAACUUUACAAAAGAAACUCCACCAGAUUCAAUGUUUAGUGACUUUCAAGCGUUGAAUAAAUUUCAGAAUGAGCCCUUCAAUCAACUUGUACAGUUUGCAUUCCAGUUUCUUUUAGAACCCAGCAAGUCUGCCAGGUUGAUGUCACAGCUGGAAGAAUUUGCACAAGAAAAUAGUAUUAGUGUUGGCCCUUUAAGAAAUGUCUUCAAAAGUUUGGUCUCUUUACCUAAUUCUGCUCUAAAAAAAAGCUUAAGUUCUGGGCAACUCCAGGAGGAUCUACAAACUUUAGGACUGUCUGUGGAAAAAGCGAAAGAAGUGGCCAGCCAUUUUGAGGCAAAUCUAGUCGCUUUGUCAAGAGGUGCUCUGGGACAAACUUUACUGGUCAAUCAAUUAGUGGACAUAGAGUGGAAAUUUGGAGUCACAGCAUCCAGUAGUGAGUUGGAUAAAGUAGGAAACACAUUUUUGCAGUUGAAGCUUGUGAUAAACACUGGAAAUGGUACCAAAAAUGUGUUCUUAGAAUUGACGUUACCACAGUUCUAUUCCUUCUUGCAUGAGAUGGAAAAAGCAAAAGCCAGCCUGGAGUAUCUUGGAUGAUAAUGUGAUACCAUGUUAUAAUAAUGUAAUCAAAUAAAUGUUUUCCUAUGUUGUCUACAUACUUAAUGCUUAAUAAAUUUCAAUAACUUUGACUAAA